GUAAUAAUCGGAAACUCCCAACACACUCAUCCACGUACAUAAAAAGCCACAUUCUUCUUCCUCCUCCAUGGUCUGAAAAGCAAAGUCCAAAAGCACAUGAUCCCACAAUGGAAGAAACAUCAACAUCUAUCAUCAUGGCGGCACUCUCCACCCUCACCCCUUCCCAAUUCUCAGAUCUCACGCACUCCAUUCUAUCCACUACGCUCCACCACCAUCGCCGCCUCGCCUUCCUCCUUUCUUCCCCAACGCUCUUCUCUCUAACCCUCCACCACCUCCACAACCUCUCCCUCCCCCAGAAGACGCUCCUCAUCGCCCGCCACCUUCUCUCCUCUCUCCACCUCCUCACCGCCACCUCCCCGCCGCCGUCCACAACCACGAGGCAGCGCGACCUCGACGCUGCGCUCCUCCUCCUCCUCCUCUGCGAAACGCACAACCACAAUCCACAUGCCCUCGAGGCACCCUUUUCCCAAUGGAGGGUCAACCUCAGCACCAUCUUCUCCGAUUCAUUGUUGACUCUUUCCUUUGCACCCUUUGGGUCAUGCACGGUGCUGAUUCCCUUCGUUGAGACCGUGACGCGGUGCUGGAGACUCGUCGGUGCACUGGACUGCGGCGGAGGAAAGGAAUCGGGGGAGGUGGCUGCAUCGGCUACGGCGGUGGUGGCGCUGCCAUCGGUGGAGGUGAGGACCGGUGGGAUAGAGUGUGCGAUAUGCAGAGAGGAGAUGACAAUAGGGAGAGACGUAUGCGAGUUGCCAUGUCAGCACUUGUUUCAUUGGGUGUGUAUCUUACCCUGGCUUGGGAAGAGGAACACGUGUCCUUGCUGCAGAUUUCGGUUACCGUCCGAUGAUGUCUUCGGAGAGAUCCAACGGCUGUGGGAAAUCUUGGUUAAAACGGCUGCAAAAGAUUCGUAGCUACUACUUCCUUAACCGUUGCAACAAGAAAAACAUCAAAUGGUUACAGAAUCUGGGCAGAGAGGUUCACGGGGUAGAAACAUCUUACUUAAUGUUGAUUAAUGUUGCACUGUUAUUUUUUAGUUUCUUACCUAGGUAGGUGGGUCCACAGUUUGGGGUUUGUUAUUUGGUGAUUUUAUUGUGAGGACUUUGAUUUUGAUGUUUUUAAUUUAGAGAGGGACUCAUGUGGUAGAGGGCGAAGUGUUUGAUUGUGUGGCCAAAUGAAUAGAUGAUAGAUAGAUAAAACGUACAAGUGUGAGGUUCUGGAUGUAACAAUCGUCAAUGUAAAGACAGUGUAAGACUCGGAUAGAUAUAUGUCCAUAGAAUCAGUCAUAGAUGAAGGGUGAUGAUAAAUAAACAUCACAUUUUUAUCUCCA